GAAUCUCUAGGCCUAUUUUCGUUUUAAACACUGGUUUCAGAAAAUGAAUUUAACGGUUAAAAAGAGUUGAAAUCUAAAGAUCGAGGGACGGCAAGACAGUAAGCCAACAUUUCUUUAGAUUGCAUGAUAUAUAGUUCAAUUCAACAUCAAGAAUAGAAUAUAGAUCUAAUGUGCAUUUCACGCCGGAUCGACAUGAUGAAAACGAAAGCAGAGUAAAUGGCAAAGAUAGUUAAAUGUCCCACAGAAAGAGAAAAUGGAGGUCGAUGUGAUUUUGUACUCCAGCCUGUGUUCGUCGUGUGUCCAAUCUGUUCGCAGCAUGUUGAUCCAGAGUGGUUUAAAGAAAGUCCUUCCCCGGACACUAACGGCUCAGUUCCCCUAGAUCCAAACAGUACAUCACGGGAUGAAAAUGGAAAUAGUCGAAUAAUUGAUGGUGGUACACCAGAUGGAAAUAGUCAAACAAAUAAUGGUGGUACACCAGAUGGAAAUAGUCAAACAGAUAAUGGUGGUACACCAGAUGGAAAUAGUCAGACAAAUAAUGGUGGUACAACGGAUGGAAAUAGUCAAACAAAUAAUGGUGGUACACCGGAUGGAAAUAGUCCAACAAAUAAUGGUGGUACACCGGAUGGAAAUAGUCAAACAAAUAAUGGUGGUACACCGGAUGGAAAUAGUCAAACAAAUAAUGGUGGUACACCGGACGGAAAUAGUCAAACAAAUAAUGGUGGUACACCGGACGGAAAUAGUCAAACAAAUAAUGGUGGUACACCGGACGGAAAUAGUCGAAUAAUUGAUGGUGGUACACCAGAUGGAAAUAGUCAAACAAAUAAUGGUGGUACAACGGAUGGAAACAGUCAAACAAAUAAUGGUGGUACACCGGAUGGAAAUAGUCAAACAAAUAAUGGUGGUACACCGGACGGAAAUAGUCGAAUAAUUGAUGGUGGUACACCAGAUGGAAAUAGUCAAACAAAUAAUGGUGGUACACCGGAUGGAAAUAGUCAAACAAAUAAUGGUGGUACACCAGAUGGAAAUAGUCAAACAAAUAAUGGUGGUACACCGGAUGGAAAUAGUCAAACAGAUAAUGGUGGUACACCAGAUGGAAAUAGUCAAACAGAUAAUGGUGGUACACCAGAUGGAAAUAGUCCAACAAAUAAUGGUGGUACACCGGAUGGAAAUAGUCCAACAAAUAAUGGUGGUACACCGGAUGGAAAUAGUCAAACAGAUAAUGGUGGUACACCGGAUGGAAAUAGUCAAACAAAUAAUGGUGGUACACCAGAUGGAAAUAGUCAAACAAAUAAUGGUGGUACACGAGAUGGAAAUAGUCAAACAGAUAAUGGUGGUACACCGAAUGGAAAUAGUCAAACAAAUAAUGGUGGUACACCGGAUGGAAAUAGUCAAACAAAUAAUGGUGGUACACCAGAUGGAAAUAUUCAAACAAAUAAUGGUGGUACACCAGAUGGAAAUAGUCAAACAAAUAAUGGUGGUACACCAGAUGGAAAUAGUCAAACAAAUAAUGGUGGUACACCGGACGGAAAUAUUCAAACAAAUAAUGGUGGUACACCAGAUGGAAAUAGUCAGACAAAUAAUGGUGGUACAACGGAUGGAAACAGUCAAACAAAUAAUGGUGGUACACCGGAUGGAAAUAGUCCAACAAAUAAUGGUGGUACACCGGAUGGAAAUAGUCAAACAAAUAAUGGUGGUACACCAGACGGAAAUAGUCAAACAAAUAAUGGUGGUACACCGGACGGAAAUAGUCGAAUAAUUGAUGGUGGUACACCAGAUGGAAAUAGUCAAACAGAUAAUGGUGGUACACCAGAUGGAAAUAGUCCAACAAAUAAUGGUGGUACACCGGAUGGAAAUAGUCCAACAAAUAAUGGUGGUACACCGGAUGGAAAUAGUCAAACAGAUAAUGGUGGUACACCGGAUGGAAAUAGUCAAACAAAUAAUGGUGGUACACCAGAUGGAAAUAGUCAAACAGAUAAUGGUGGUACACGAGAUGGAAAUAGUCAAACGGAUAAUGGUGGUACACCGAAUGGAAAUAGUCAAACAAAUAAUGGUGGUACACCAGAUGGAAAUAGUCAAACAAAUAAUGGUGGUACACCGGAUGGAAAUAGUCAAACAAAUAAUGGUGGUACACCAGAUGGAAAUAGUCAAACAAAUAAUGGUGGUACACCAGAUGGAAAUAGUCAAACAGAUAAUGGUGGUACACCGAAUGGAAAUAGUCAAACAAAUAAUGGUGGUACACCAGAUGGAAAUAGUCAAACAAAUAAUGGUGGUACACCAGAUGGAAAUAGUCAAACAAAUAAUGGUGGUACACCGGAUGGAAAUAGUCAAACAAAUAAUGGUGGUACACCAGAUGGAAAUAGUCAAACAAAUAAUGGUGGUACAUCGGACAAUGGAAACCCUGUGACUCAGAGUGUGAUCGGUGAGACUUCUGUUGACAAUGCUAGACCGUCUGCUGAAAGUAAUGGAAAGAGGAACAGAGAUAAAGGUGGAGCUACAAACAGAACUCAAACAAAUGGUUCGUCUAAACCAAAACAGCAGACAACAAAAGUUGGAUUUCAUGCCUUCCUUGCACCAACGGUGGAUUUUAAUCCAAAGAAAUGUAACCUAUACGUUGUAUUUGGUCCUGAACGUGAUGAUUGGGAAUGCAAACCUGAAGGAGUUAUGAAACUUUGUGGCAAUAAAAAUGACAAAAGAAAAAAGGAUCAACAUGGAACACGGGUGUUUGCGGAGGUUGAACUAGAAAAAGACCUUUUAAAGGACCAUGGCCUUUCAUAUAGAUACUGUUUCCAAAAGAAAAGGAGUGGAAAACAAUCCACGGAGAGUGAAUUCUUGUUCCAGCAGUUUUAUCCAUAUCAUAACCGUGAAAGGAAACUAAGAAUUCCAUCAAACGUUGAUUCCUACCAGCAAUAUGAUGGUUACAUCUACGCUAAGAAAGAUGGCUAUUUUAUGAAUUUCUUCAAAGACAAAUUAGGAUUAGCAAAUUCAGGCAUGAUUGAAACAAUGACAAAUGAUGGUCAGUUUGCUUUAAAACAAUAUUUACCAGACAUUAAACAUGCCAUAGAAAUGCCAAUGCAAGAUCCUUCUGCCUUUUUGACUACUAUGAAUGAGUACUGUCAAGUUUUGCGAGGAGGAGUCCAAGAUCAUUUCAUGAAACGCAGAGCAUUUCGUGAUCCACAAAUCUGGAAAGAGAUCUUAGUUAAUGAUCAUUUAAAGGAUGCAAUUGUGUUGCUGGGAGUUCAUUCAAAUGGAAUGGAUGAAAAUGAGAGACUUUUGAAGGCUCUGCUGAUAGCUGCAUUUCUCGGUGAAUUGGAGAUUUCCGCCUGUCUGCUAAAUAACAGUGUUGUCGAUAUUGUCCUCAAGGCUUUGCUACUUUCACCUGAUACGGAAAGAAAGACAUGUGAACAGCUUAAUUUCUUGGAGAAAGUAAUCCAGCCUGCAGAGAAAUUAAGGCAAGUAAGACAUCAUCUAGUGUGGUUUCUAAAGACAACAACACGCAGCACUGAAGAAAAUACACAGAGAAACCCCUCCUGGAUUAUGUGUUUACCUAUCAUUCACUUUCUGGGCGGUUCCUUACAACCGUAUGGAGAAUUGGACUAUGGGAAUUUUCAUGAAAAGGAUCGGAAAUGGUGGUUAAUCCCCGAGUUUGAAAGUGAGAAGGAAGAAUUGAAACUAAGGGAGUGGUCAAGGUCCUUGCCAGAAAUGAUAAAUUUGUUGAAGCCCCUAUUUAAGCUUGACACAAAAAUGCUGAGGGGAUUUAUGGCAUGCUUAUACUGGAAAGACCUGGAGAUGGCGAUGAGAGAGGAAAACAUCUUGCUGGAAGUAAAACUGGCAACAUUGCAGCAUUAUUUUGAGAUUGCUUCAUAUUAUAAUCAGAUGGAAACUCUUGGGAGAUGUGUGAAGAUUUUAUGCCCACUGUUUGAAGAUCUACUUGAAGCGUUGCCAUCUGAUAUAACAAAAAGGAAUUGGAAUGAGGUUGAUGAAAGAUUUAAAGUUCAGCAAGAGAAAUGCAUAGCUAUUCUGACCAUUGGAAUUCACAAAAGUCACCUAGUGCUAGACAGAAGAAUUUUGGUUUCUCUAUUCCAUUGUGUUAUGUUUUCCUUGGAAGUCUUGGGCAAAAUGAGCACUGACUCAGAUGAACUGAAAAGUUUACAGAACAAGGCAAUCUAUGCCAUUGACUAUGUUCUCCAAAAAAUUUGGAAGGACUUGAACAUUUAUGACUUUGCUCUUUCCAUCCCAAGGAUUGUUAUGAAAAGCAAAUUGACAUCAGAGUGGGAAAGAAAAUGCCUGUUUCAUGCAAGACAGACAUUUGAGAUGAUUGAUACAAGAAGGAAACUGGAGUUCUACAGCAAUUCUAUGAAGAAAUUCCAAGCGGAUUCUCUCAAAAGGUUACUCCAUGAAGUCGUUAUGGAAUCUGUCAAUGAUAUUCUGCAAGACACGCGAGCCACUAGUUCACUUUUCAGCAGUGCGUUUUCCUUGUCUUCUGACAUCUAUGCAGCACAACUUCUCUCGAAAAUAUUUUCACAAAUGUGGAACACAGAUUUGGAUGCAUCUGACAGUUCAGUUAUACAUCAAGCACUCAGCUCCCCUCUUUAUCCGCAAUGUGUUGAUGCUUAUCUGUGUGGAACACCAGUUUUUCAAAAUAUGGAUCAGGUCGCAAAGGAGAAGCUAGCCCAUUCCAUAUCAAUCAUGACCUCAUUGUUUCAGAAGCUUAGGAACAGUGAAAUACAAAUUGUGCAGUUGGAGCUAAUAUGUUCCAAAAAGGAAACAUUCAUUGCUGUUGCAAAUGUGUUUGAAAAGCAUCAAAGCUCUAGCGUUCCACUUACAAUUGAUGCAUUGGAUAAUCAACUCCAGUGUCGAGAAAAAGAUUUAAAAUGUUUGGAGGAGAUCAUUAGCACUGUCAAGAAAUUGCAGUUUUUGUUUAAAGAAAUAAGUGACACCAAUAUUCGAAUUGAUGAAAUAGAGGAAGGUAUUUUGCAAAAUUGGAAAAUGAUGGAAAUCAAACAGGCGUGCCAGAUACCACAACAAAGCAUUGGUUGGAGCCAGUACCAACCCGAAGUCAUUUUGUUCAGAGACUUACUUGCUUCUCUAGGAGCCUUUGUAAAAAACAUUUAUUUUUACUAUGACAGCAAAUCCUUUCACAAUAUUUUGAGACUUGUGGCUCGAACAUAUAGACGCACCCAAGACUUUGGAUUUGAUGAUGUUGUGGACAAAAUCUUGCUGCACACUCAAAGUAUAUGGGAUGAUCUAUGUGUAAAAAUUGAAAAAGGCUCAAUUUCAGUCAAUGAAAUUGAAAAGUAUCAUUUUGACGAGUUCUCUGAUGAACAACUGCACGCUGAGUUUGUGGCCAUGAACAGAGGACAAAAGCCCUCUUGGAUCAGAGAGAGAAUACUUCAGUUACACAGGUUUAGACAAUUUUCAAAAACAGUGGCAGUGGCCAAACUAAUGGUGGAUGUACGAGAUGAAUAUGAUAUCAAGGGACCUUUUCAAAACCUGGAACUGAUAGCCAAUUCUGAAACUGAUAAGGAAAUUUCACUCAAAGACCUGGAAUUAAGUAUUCAAGAUUUCAAUGAAAGGUUGGAGAAAAUCAACGACAAACAAAAAGAAAGCAUUUCUUCUUUACUGAGGUGCAAAGAUUUGGUGGACUGGCUCCGAAGUGCAUUACCAGGUGGGGUGAAAGAUUUGAAGAUAUACGCAGAUCUGGCGUUGUUGUCGGUUGAAGGCGACGAACAAGUGGGGCGAGUGACAUCAUUGCACUCUGCUACAAUCGGUUAUUCCCCGAUGAUUUUUCGGAUCGAAGACAUAAAUGGAGAAAUUGAAAUGAUAGAGAGAUGGAGAGAAGUCUGGCAAAGCCUGGAAAAAGACGAUGCUCUGCCACAAAAAUUGGAGAUAUCAAACCGGUUACUGCACUGGUUUAUGGAAAUCAAAGAGUCCCAUGGAUCCGUAGAAGUUACAUCUCUGAAGCAAGUUGAUGCAAUCAAAGAUCGUGGCAUUUUCAAAGUUGGUCAUUCUCUAGGAACAGCUGGGAAAAACAAACAUCAACUGGAACUUGAUGAUGUUAUAUGGUUACAUGUUCCUGGUGUCAAAAUUGUGGAGGAGGCCAUUGAGGAAUCGGUCAAUUCAGACACUGACCACAGCGAUGAUGAGGUUGAAAUCGAACAACGGGACAGAUCACUGAGGCACAUCAAGAGAGAGAGACAGGGAGGGGAAGGCCGGGACUACACGCUCGGUGAAAUGACGGACCUGCAGAGUAGGCUUAUGCUUGUGACAGGCAAAGCGGACGCUGGCCGAGAGAGCAUUGAGCGAUUUACUUCCAUAUUUGAUAAUGUGACAAGACUGGGAAAGGUUUUUAUUCAGCUUCAUGCAUCCGGAUGCAUUCUCUUCAAGCGGUGGACUUUUGAGUUCCACUGCAACCAGACUGCAGGCAGCAGUGUUCUUAUCAAAACACAUGAGCAGUCAGUAGUAAAGGGGACAAAUUACCCACAAGUCAGCGGUGUUGCCAAGGAUACUGAAAGUAAUGUAAAUGAAUACAUUCGAAGUAUCGCCGAUUUCAUGGAGUGUUGCUACGAAGAAUGGAUCAAAUAUAUCAGAGACAAACGGAAUGCUUUCUACCCUCUGAACUUUUACACAGUAGACCAAAUGGUUCUCCUGCAGGAGGAACUUGCACUCUAUAGAAAUGGACAAGCUGCACCAAAAUACCUCUGCCCGUUGCUAUCGCUGGUGAAAUCGCAGUGUUCGUUACAUCCAGAUGUUGAAGAUGCUGUUAACAAAGUGCAAGAAAAACUAUUGACUCGUGAACAAACCUCUCAUAUGGAAGAAAUGUCCGAUAAAACCAGUCACGCAGAGGCAAUUCAACGAUUUCUGCAGGUUUGCGAGGAGGCAAGCAUUUCUCGAAAACAUGCUCUAUAUGCCAUCAAAUCACAGGAGUUUGAUAUAGAAGAUGCAGACGCCGGGUUAUUAUGGUGUUUGACAAACGAUGAAAAUGAAGAUGAGGAGGAGGAAACUUUGCAGGAGACUGUGACGGAGAGAGAUGAAAGCAUGCAGAACAGUACAAUGGGGGAUAGACUUCGGGAAUUUCUGGAAGAACUGGAGGAAAAAUUGAGGCAGCAAGAAAUAGAUCAGGUGAUACUGAAUCUCAAUCAGAUGUGGAAAAAGUUCCUUGAUUGCGCAUCCUCUAGUGCCACGGACUUCCUGAGCAUUGAUCACCUGGGUAUGAUUCUCGAGGUUUUGUAUCAAACAGAAUCUUGCAUCCUGAAAAGACCCUUGAUAGACCCUCUGAAAAGUGGAAAGCCAAAUCUUAUUGUUUGUCCACAAUCUGAGGUUAUCUCUACGAUGUUGACAAUUUACAUGACGGAUCCCGCGCUGCCAUUACCAACAAGAAAUGAAGUUCUUUUAUGCACAGAAAGCACUACCAAAGAAGAGGUCAGUAUUUUCUUCAGACGAGCGCUCUUCCAGAACGAAAGUGAUCCCAACGAGCGUAUAUUUUGCUUAAUGAAUGCAGACAUGCUGCAGUAUGAUGCAAGUGAGCAAUCUCUCAAAGAAGUCACGGAAUAUGUGAAGUCCGCCAAAGGAGACUAUAAGCUAGUCAUCAUCUGUGGAAGCGAAAAUGAAUAUAAAUCACCGAUGAUAUCAGCACUGGAUCGAUUCCGGGCACCAAAGAUAGCACCAGCUACAACUGCGAAAAUUCAGGAAUAUUUGAGGAGGAAAUGUUCUCUGGAAAAUACCUCGGAUGCAGCUGCUGCAGUGGAUCCCUCGGGAUGUUGCGUGCGUGCUGUGAAGUCAGAACGAGCAGGAAUGGGAAAAACUUUAUACAAAACCCGAAUGGUGGAGAGACUUUUGGAGAAUCAUCCAAUUGGAACCGGGGAAGAUUUUCCUCUGUCGAUCACAAUACCCAUGAGCCAAGAGAAAGUUGAUGUCUCGGAAGUUUCAAAAAAAUUCCUCAACUGUACCCCAGCAGAUGACCUUUUGUAUCCAAGAAUCAUCCAUAUUGAUAUUGCAUAUGGGGUUGAGAAAUUUGUGGGUACCAUACUUUUCAAUAUCCUUAUCCUGGGAAGUAUAGUUGAUGAAAGUGGAUAUGUGUUUCACAGAUCAGAGAAGGACUUGUACAUCAUCGAAACAACUCUUCAUAACGAAUCUGAACAAGACAAAUGCUUCAUUUCAUCUUUGCAACUGCUGAACAUUCUUCCGAGUGUGACAUGCAUCUCGCCCGAGGACACUCUUGGAAGUCAGAAUGAAGAUGCCCAGAUAGUUGGUUUUGACUGUCAGAACUUCCAGUCGGAUGAGUAUCAAAGACCUCUUCACUACUUAACGAACUACGAUGAUAAAUCUAGAAACAUACCCGUUUUCAAUACACACAGAAAGGAGGAAGAUAUGAAAAAAUGUCUGCGUGUUUUGAUACGACAUUGUUGCGUGACAAAUCCAUCGUGGGCAGAGCUGAGAAAUUUUGUACAUUUUCUGAAUACUCAGCUGAAGGAUUUUGAGAAAUCGGUUUACUGUGGAGCAGCACUCUCACAGGAUCUCCCAGGGUUUCCCAGUUUUGUUCUUCGAUUUUUGAUUCAAAUGUCAAAGGACUUUUCAACGAGGUCACUGGACAUCAGUGAAGGGAAAACAAACUCUGAUGAGGACGAUGAUUUGGAUGAAGCAGAUGACGAUGAUAUUGGACAGUUUCAGAUGCGACGAAGAUGGGAAACAAGCGCCCAUCCUUACCUGUUUUUCAAUCCGGAUCAACACACCAUGACUUUCAUUGGUUUCAAUAUCGACAAAUUUCACAGAAAUCUUGUUGAUCAGCAAACAGGAUCAAUUCUAGAGCAAAACAUAAUGAGCUCCCAGCUUUGGGAGGCUCUAAGACGAAACCACGUCCCUCUACAGGAAAAUUUCGAUGACUUAAGCAGACAUCAGAAAAUUGAGAGACUCUGCAGAGUGAUUGGCAAUGACAUGCCACAGGACCCAGAUGAAACGUACGAAUUGACAACCGAUAACGUCAAGAAAAUGUUGGCAAUAUACAUGCGUUUCAGAUGUAAUAUUCCGGUGAUUGUCAUGGGAGAAACUGGCUGUGGGAAGACAUGUUUGAUCAAGUUUCUCUGCUUGCUGCAGUGCCGUGCUGGAUUAGAGAACCAGAUGAAUACAAUGACUCUAAUGAAGGUGCAUGGAGGGACAAAGAAGAAACAUAUUAUAGAGAAAGUGAAACAGGCAGAGUCGCUUGCACAGGACAACUGUGAGAAAUUUGGGAAACACAUCAUAACUGUUCUUUUCUUUGACGAAGCUAAUACAACAGAAGCAGUUGGAUGCAUUAAAGAAAUCAUGUGCGACGGAACAAUCGACGGAGAACCGCUGGCCAUAAAUACUAACCUUAAACUGGUGGCAGCUUGUAAUCCUUACAGAAAACAUUCCGAGGAAAUGAUAGAAAGAUUAGAGAGAGCCGGUCUUGGUUACCAUGUAAAUGCUCAUGAAACUGACGACAAGCUGGGUCGAAUACCAAUGAGACAUCUUGUGUAUCGGGUGCAACCACUUCCUCAAAGCAUGCUGCCAUUAGUUUGGGAUUUUGGACAACUAGACAACAACGUUGAAAAGUUGUACAUUGUGCAGAUGGUUCAAAGAUGUGUACGAAAUGGAACUCUCCCGUACAUAAACAGGCAGGCAAUUCAUACCGUUAGCAAUAUUCUUGUUGCAUCACAGGACUUUAUGAGGAAACAAAAGGAUGAGUGUAGUUUUGUAAGCCUGCGAGAUGUGGAGAGGACAUUGAAAGUCUUUGGAUGGCUGUAUAAACAGAAUGAAAUAUUCACUGCCAUGGAUCAGCUCGAUGAUGAUGAUGAUGAUGAGAUGUCUGAAGAGGAGGAAGACUUUCAAAGUCCCCAUUCACAAGAUAUUUCUCGGCUGACAAAAUCUCUUUUGCUGGCUCUUGGUGUCUGUUACCACUCCUCCUUAAAAUCAAGAGAAGAAUACAGAGAAUAUAUGGUGGAGUAUUUUGAAUCACCAUUCAAAUUAUCCGGCGGACAAAAACAAAUGGAGAGAGAAAUAACAAGGUGUCAGAUGUCCUUUUUGCAAAACGUGAAGCUGAAUGAAAAUAUUGCAAAAAACCUUGCUCUCAGAGAAAACUUUUUCAUGAUGGUGGUUUGUGUGGAACUUAGAAUUCCUCUGUUUCUUGUCGGAAAACCGGGCAGUUCAAAAUCUCUUUCAAAAACUAUCCUCGACCACAACAUGCAGGGACGAGAUUCACAGUCUCACCUUUUCAGAAGUUUGAAACAAGUGCAGCUUAUUUCCUUCCAAUGCAGCCCCCUGGCCACUGCAGAUGGAAUUUUAAAGACUUUCAAACAAGCCAGCAGUUUCCAGCGGAGUAAAGACCUGGACAAGUUUGUGUCGGUGGUGGUGUUAGAUGAAGUUGGCCUGGCUGAGGAUUCUCCAAGAAUGCCACUGAAGGCUUUGCAUCCCCUCCUAGAAGAUGGCUGCCCAGACGAUGAGGAAUUCGAAGAUUACAAAAAGGUUUCUUUUAUCGGAAUAUCAAACUGGGCCCUUGAUCCAGCCAAGAUGAAUCGAGGAAUAUUGGUGCAGAGAGAGGUCCCUAAUGAACCUGAUCUUGUGGAAAGUGCAAGGGGAAUUUGCCAAUAUGAUGAGGAAAUAUACCCACUCAUAGAAAACUUGGUUCCUCCCUUGGCAAAAGGAUACCUCCAUGUUUUUGAAAAGGCAUGUGAAAGUGAAGCGCUAUUUGGAAACACAUCAGAGGACCAUUUGAAAGCCAGAGAAUUUUUUGGAUUGCGAGAUUUUUACAGUCUUGUGAAAAUGAUUUGUGCCAUUGCCUCAAAAAGCCAUCGAAGUCCGAAUGAACAGGAAUUGGCAACUGCUAUCAAGCGAAACUUUGGAGGUCUUGAGGGACUUGAUCCUGUUCAGGACUUUGGAGAAUUUUUACCAACUUUAUUGGAAACAAGGCAUAUGUUCCAGAAUUUCGAAACUGACACCGCAUUGCUGCGUGAAUGCUUGAAAUACGACGAAAACAAAAUGGAAUCAAGAUACAUUCUGCUGUUGACGGAAAACUACGGGGCAUUAAAUCUGCUUCACCAGCUGAUGGGCAACGAAAGAAACACUCAUGUUAUAUUUGGAUCAAGUUUUCCAAGAGAUCAAGAAUACAUAGAAAUCUGCAGAAAUAUCAACCGAAUCAAAGUCUUCAUGGAAACAGGAAAGACGGUCGUUUUGUUGAAUUUGGAAAAUUUGUACGAGAGCUUAUACGAUGCUCUAAAUCAGUAUUACAUGGAGAGCGGACCAGAUAGAUACAUUGACCUUGGCCUCGGAACCCACCGGGUGAAGUGCAAAGUUGACAAGGAAUUCAGAUUGAUAGUUGUAGCAGAAAAGAGGAUUGUUUACAGAGAGUUUCCUAUCCCACUGAUAAACAGACUGGAGAAACAUUUCUUGACAAUGGAAGGAAUGCUCACAGAAACACAGUUAAAGCUUUCCAGAGACCUGGAACAAUGGGCGAAAGAGUUUUCCAAUAACUCCGACAGGAACGUCCGACUGGAAGAAGUUUUCAUUGGUUACAACAAGGAUACAGCGGCCGGUGUUAUUCUGAAAGCAUGGGACGUGUGCAGCAAGCAGAAUUUGGACAUCGAUUUUACGUUCCGAAAGAGUGUGAUGGAGAAGGCAAAGGACAUUCUGUUGUGGGGAAGCACGCCAGAUGCUGUUUUAAGGCUUGUGAACUCGACCUUGCAAAUACUUGCGAAUGAAUAUUACCAGAAGUACUUCAGGGAUCAAUGUCAUGAAAGCUUGUGUGAUUUCCUAAAGUACAGGCACGAGAACGAGCAAUUUGGAGGAAAUUUUAUACAGAUCACAACACAUUCUAAACUUCUGUCAGUAGAAGACAAAAGAAUAAUCGAAAGGAACUUGCCAUUUUUGUCUGGAAAAAUUUCCCUCCUCUCCUUGCAGGCAUUUGACACUGAACAUCAAUUCUCAUGUCAGAUACGGGAUACGUCCGAGAAGGGAAAUAAGCUGUUACUUGUACAGUGUGAUACCGGAGGAGAAAAUUCUAAUUUGGUUGAAUGUGCCAGAUACUGUGUUCAGAGAGAGAUCCAGAGCAAUGACUGGGAUGUGUGUGUCGUUUUCCUUGUGCACUUGUCGAGAGUUAGCAAGACCUUCUUCUCUGGAUUCCAGACAGGAUUAUGGACUUCUGUGCACAUUGAUGAACUACGAUCCACAUCACUGCCGUGCAUACAUGAUCUCAUGACAAAGACUAUUUCCUCCAUACUUUUGGAAAGUUUGUGCUCUAGAGAAAACUUUGCUGAGGUGACUGAAGAUGAAACUGUCCAACCAAUCAUUCAACAGGAGCAUCAGCUAAACUUGAGAACAAUCCUAUUUAACUGCAUACACCCGGCAUUAGCGAGUAUAAAAGAACUCGACGACGGAGAGGGAAGAGCCAUUGGAAGAAUAAAAUUCAUUUUCAAGGAGCUCAACCAAAAUAAGCAGCUACUGGAAGGUCAUUUUCCACAUGGACUUAUGAAGCACAUUGUGUCAAUUUUAUCAAAACACGACAAGGAGAAAAUGCAUCCUGGUGACACCUGGAUUCAUUCCGAGGCUGCCACUCCUGCCAACGUCAAUAAAACUGGAACAUUACGAUCUAGUUGUCAGAAGGUGAUUGAAGAAAAGAUAAUACCACUGCUGGCCAAAAUCGUGGCAUAUGUGGACACAGAUAACAACCUUUCCCUGCUGGAAAGCGCUGAUGAGGAGACGAAUUGGGUGACAAAUCUCUGGCUUGGGAUUUUCACCUCCAUUGAUGUGGAAGCUGUAAACAAAGUGAAAGUCCCCCGGAUGCAGAGUACUGGAGCGGGACAUCCCUUCACUGCCAAAUUGCCGUUUUCAUGGUUGAUAUAUGAAACGGUUGAGAAAUUUCUCAUUGUCACCUCAGAAAAUGAAAUAGGUAAAACAGCAGAACAAUUGUUUAUGGAGUCGGCUAUAGGAAUCUGCAUUAUGCAACAUGUAGACCCAGGAAAUAUGGCUGAAGCAACACGAUUGUACAUGUCCGAUUUUGUCCACAUCUCCCACAAGACACAUAGUGACAAAGAGGAAAUGAUAGUUUGUGAAGCCAUUCACGUCUGCUUCGAGGAAGGCAUGGUUGGAAAAGAGGACCAUUUUGCAAGCCGAAUUCUUUGCAUCCAUGAUUCUUUUCGGAAAAUCAAACCCAAACUUGAGACAUUUUCAGAAGUUUUGUGCCUUGUUUCAUGUUCAAACGAUGCCUUUUUCCAGAAAGUUCAAAGUGAUUGCAAGGAACUAGAUAUUGCAGCGGUCAGAUAUUUACUGGACACUAUGGAACCAAAUGAAAUGGCCAUAGAUACUGCGGAGGGACAGGCCAUUUGGAUACAGAAUGUUCAGCGAUAUCGCCCUGUGAUUGAACGGUUACUUCAUGGAUGUGACAAAGAGCAAACAGCACAUCGUAGCAGAUUAAUGGCAGUUAUCAGAGCAAAGUGGACAAAGGUUGUCGUUUUAAAACUCUUCAUCCAGAACCUCUGCGUUGACACAUCUCGUGAGAAGUUGAUGACACAGACAUGCAAAAUUCUGUGGAAGAUCAUGGGAGACAGUACCAAUUUUAAGGAAAAAGCUACUUUAGACAAAUUGGAGAAAUUCUUGAAAGCAUCUAACAGUAAAGCUAUGACAGAGUUCUUAGGGAAAUUUGGUAAAUGCAACCACUGCGGAAAAUCGUUUGAUACGUCUCCUCCGGUUGUACUACCAUGUGAUCACAGAAUAUGCAGGGAAGAAUGUUUCAGCGUGAUUAAUGCGUUACCAGAAGCGGAUAAAGCUUGUCCCGUCAAUAAAUGCUCCCGAACUAUACCAGAAGAAUUUGAUGAAAAUGAGACUCCAGAGAAGCAGAAAAAACAGAUGAAGCUAUUUACAGAGUACCAAGAGAAAUGCAAUAAAUUCUACUUGCACGUUGUAUCCCAGUUGUGCUUUGAAGGUUCCUCCCCACCCUCGGAAGAUGUUUGUCAGCGUCUGCUUCAGCUUGUAAUGCACAAAAAAGAAGUACCCCAGUUAAACAUGACCAUCAUAAGGACCCGAAAGAUGACGAUAUUUGAAACAGUGGUGGAUACCACGCCUGUUUUUCGGUCAUUCCUUUUACAGCUGCUGAUCCGAACAAAUGAGGAAAUAGUUUUCCAACAUCUAGAGGAAUUUCUGACAGAAGCCAAUGCAAUAUUUCAACAAAGUGGAAGCACAAAUCAUGCACUAGAGCUGUGUCUGAUGUUGAAUCAGUGUAUUGAGGAUUCCCUGCUGGAGCGGUUAUUCCAUCUGAAUCAUGACCGUGAGAAAGAACUAGAAUAUGUAGACACUCUGCUGUCAAAUGCGAUAGCGAACUUGCAGAGUAGUUCUGGAGUUAUCGACAAAAUCCGUAGCAUAGCAACAGCAAGAGCUUGUCUCCAAAUUACCGCAAAAUAUUUGAAGGAAUGUUUUUCUUCAAAGUCUAAAACCGACAACAGAGUGUAUGCAGGGAUAUUCCGGAAGGCUAGCACGCUGUGUCAGUUACCAGUUCAGCACAUUAGACUUUUUCUUCUCACUCACAUAUGUCGAUCUUAUGGUCUGGACUUGUACCAAUGUCUCCUGAGGUCGAAUGAAGCAUGGUUGUUUUCCUGUGAUGAAGCUAAAAACCUGAUGGAAAAAUGCCCGGACUACUGCAUUGUACUGGGAGACACCUACACAGAAACAAGAGAGCAUGUCGCUGAGUCAUUGUUGGUGAAGAAGGACCGUAUUGAUCUAAAGAUAAGGGAACGUUCUGUUUCCGUGCAGAUUUGCUAUCUCCUUGCACUGUUGAAGGAAGUGAAAUUCAGAGACAUUGUCUCAGAUGUAGGAAUCGAUAUGACUAGUCAAUUCAUCGAGGGCCUCAAAAGAGAGUUCAUAAGACAAAACAUGCAGGUUGUGCUGUCAUUUUUGGAUGGAAUACUUGAAGAUUCAUUCGCCAAAUCUUGCAAGCAAUUUGGAAUUGGACACCACAGGAAUAUUAGAGAUCAAGGGAUUAUUGUGUUACUGCUCCAUUUCAUGAUGAUUCUUAAAACUUUAUCUGCCAAUGAAAUCCUGCAGCCAUUGAUUCAUCUGGCCACACAGCCCCGAGCAAUGAAGGGCUCAUUUCUACCCACAAUGCCAGAGGAAUGUUUGUCACUGGAAAUCAAGGCAGAACUACAGAGAAUGGAAGAAUUGGCCAAUAAGCACAAUCACACAGUCACGUGGUACAGAUGCCCCAAUGGCCACCCAUAUGCUGUUGGUGAUUGUGGAAAUCCCACUCAGCUUGGCCGUUGUUAUCAAUGUAAGGCGGAGAUAGGUGGUGAGUCCGCGAAGCUGAAAGGGGACAACGUCAGAGACGCAGGAAGUGACUUCAGUCAGCCUGGACAUCUCUUGGGGUCACCUGAGGGACGUGCCACACAAGCUUUCUCAGAAAGGACGCUAUCGCCAUCUUCAAAUGCAUUGCUGCGCUUGAUUACACACAUGGCAAUGUUCAUUGGAGCCAAUGACCAUAUAGACGAUAUAUGUAGCCUCGUACAGCCUGCCAUCCCAACUGGAAUAGUGCCUGAUUUUCUUUGGGAACACAUCAACAAGGACAUUGAUACAAUAGGAAGUGCUUUAGACUGCAGUGUAGAUGAAGUGUUUAUGUUUCUGCAUUCUGUGAUACAUUCUUUUGUGGAAUCUGACACCUCAUAUUCAGGCCUUGUAAGAAGAGUUAGUUUAAACAACAUGUAUAGUUUGUCCACAAAGGAAGGUCGACAGAAGUGGGAGAGAGAUAUCGAUGCGAAAUUCCUCACAAGGAAACUACAGACACAUCAAGAAUUUUUUGAGCAUUGUGGUGAAAUUUUGUCAAAUGACAAGAGUAUAGGAUCAGAUCCGUUUUUGAAAUUAGUAUACAGAAAAGAAAGGGUCCCCGAAAAUGCAUUUUCGACUUCGGACUUGCAGCUUUCUUCAUCCAUGUGGCAGUACAGGAUGAGAGUUUCUUUUGAGCACUUCGCUCAUGAGUUCCAUGCACAGAAAGACAGACGCUUCAUGUUCCACAAUCCCUACCUUGUUUUGGACACAUUUUUACAACAGGAAUGUUAUCUCCGUUACAUAUGCCACAUUCCAAACGUUCUUCUGAUGCAAAAGUUGCUGAUAACCAAGUUUGGAAAGCAAUUCACACGAGAAGAGGCAGACAAAAUUACAAUGCGAGACUGCAUCGCCCAGUAUGAAAAUGAUCCCUCACAGGAGAACAUCGUUCAGGGAUUUUCAUCAUUCUGUGAACUCUGGAACAAUGCUAGACAUUUGUAUGCAUUCACCUUGUUUUGUGGAGGAAACGAAGAACUUCAGAACCUUCUUCAGCGUAAUCUCGAUACAGAAACAGACAGUGUUAGAGUUGUCUUGCCAGACACUCAAGGAAUUGGGAAAUGUUCUCGGAUUUUACUUGAAUUUUUUAUCGGAAAGCAGAAUGACUUUUUGACAGCCUGUGGAUCCACAAUUGAUCCAAGAUUUGACAGGUCCCAGAAACUGACUGUUGACAACCUAACAUCCAUGCAUUUUAUAAGUUUCAAGAGGGAAACGGAUAUUUUCCCAAUCAUAUUGGCCAACUGUAAUUACACAUAUAUGCCAGAUGAAAGCACAAAAUUGGAGUAUGAUUUGGAAAACAUACAGGCUGUUUUACAAGACAGGAUACUGUUUGGAAAACUCACUAUUGACACAAGCAAAGGAUUCCCGGUGAUGAUGUACAAAGCCGAUGCCUCAGUAUCGCAGAAAUUUUCCUCCCUCACAACAAGGAUUCCACAGGAGGCUUUAAAUAGAGCUAUUCAAAGCGAGAUUGCACUGGAAUUUUCGGAUCUACCAGAACUGUAUGAGACAAUAGGCAACAUAGACACUGUAGUGAAUUUCUUGCUGUCCGUAAAUUGCUCUGCGGACUUUUCCCUGAAUUCUUUCAUGGAGGAAACACUACAGAUGAAGCCACUGCCUAGCCAAAAGGCUGCUCAGUGUUGCAAGCUUUGCCACAUCCAGUCAUUAUGGUUUGUGCUCACCCUUGAAAAAACAAAACGUCUUCAUCACAGUGAAAAGGAUGCAUUUGAUAGUAUCAACAAAUCGAUACAAGAAACUCUGUCUGAGGAACUUGUUCAGGAACUGAACAGCUAUCUGAAUGAACUCUCUGUAGAAAAGUUACACAUCUUCCUGGAACAGCUGCUGGAGUUUAUGUUGUUCAGCUUGAAUUGUGGGGAAGGAGACAUUAGUUCUUAUCAGUACAGUUUGAUGGAGUCUCUCAUGAUCCACAUAGAUAAUCCUGUUUAUUUGGAUGUGGACUUGAAAUCCUUCCAGCCAGACGACAUUCAACGUUUACCUGCAGAUAUCCUGUCUGAGCAUUCGGUGGAAGUGUGGAAAAGAAUUCAUAGAUUUAUCCUAAGUCGAGAAUAAGUCUGAUCUAACCAACUUACAAUUGUUUGCCAAGAAUAAGUCAAAUGUUAACUACACAGCAUUAUUUUCCUGUUGACUGUUUUAUAGCUUGUUAUAAGUAUAUACAUUGUGCAAGUAGAUGCUGAAUAUAUAUUUAUAUCUCUACUAAGUUUUGUAUAAUUUUGCUAUUGAUACUAUUUGAUAUGUCUCGGUGGAUGAAGUUUUGCGGAACUUUCACACAGAUAGUGUAGGUAAUUUGCCUUACAUUGGACGUUUACCUGCAAAAAUAUAUACACAACACUUUGUGCUUUUACAUGUAAUAUUACAUCACCUCUAUUUAUAGACUACAUUCUUUGUGUUGUUUGACUGCGUCACAACUGUUUCAUUUCUGUACAAUGUAGCAUGACUGUUUAAUAUUAUCCCACUGUAUUAUGUAUAAAUGUCUUGGAUGCAUGAAGUAAUGCAUUUGUUAAUUGCUUUGACAAACAUGUACAUAGAAUUGAUAUAUAGAUUAAUUUGUCAGAUAUUCAAAAAAUCCUUGGCCAAAAGUAAGUUCCAAACAGAAACUUAAUUGUUAUAAAAUUUCAUAUAUAUUAAACCAGAUUUUUUUCUUCAAAUAACCCUCGUAAGUGAUUUGUGGCUCAUUAUAUCAUAUGGAAUAAAUCAAACACCAUUUAGUUUUAAAAUCAUUGAACAAACUACUGCAGGGUCCAGUUCCAGUGAAACAACAUUUUUCUGCAGAAGUUGGUCGUAAAAUUUCAAAAAAUGAAGUAAGCAGUGGACCCCUAGAUUAAUGGUUUUGAUACUUUGCAAAACGGUUGCUGCAGUGUAUGUGUGAAAUAUAUAUGUAUAGCUCGGGACUUUUUUACACAAGAACUUGCUUUUGCCACUAUGUAUACUCCGCACAUGGUUGAAAUAUAAGGCAGUCCUUUGUGUUGCAAAUUGCUGAAUUAAGAUCUAGACUGUUGUAUACAGUAUGUUAGUAGGAAGAAAGACUCAACCACGUUUUACAAACCAACUUCCGACUAAGACUGAAUUCGUCUUUUGCAUCAUUAUUUACAUUGAUUAAAUUAUGAUUUUAAUGUGAAUAAGAAGUUAGUUUUGUAAUUGUAUGUAAAUAUAAUCUCACAAAAUUGAAGUUGACGAGUUUUUAGAACUAUAUGUAACAUUUUCAGUCAUAGUUGUAAGUUCUAAUGUAAAACAGGGCCAUGUGGUCUUUAAGGAGGUGCGUACUCUGUGGUUAUAACAAGUUCUAGAGUAUAUAUUGGGGUACGUUUUGUCAAACUGUGUGUUUUAAUUAUAUUCUGAAAUUUACUUUUAUAUUAUAUGACUAAUGUAUGUCACUUUAAGAUGUAUGAUUUGCUGUGCAUGUUUUCUAUAGCUAGCUUUUGGCAGGGGACAAUAAAUUGGUGAAAAUAUAGUACACUAAAUACAAUAAAUGUUUUUACUUGGCAAUUACCAGUAUCUGUCGUGUACAAUAUAUGUUUAUAAACUUUUGUUACAGACGUGCAUCAUAUUUUGCUUUGUUGUAAAAUAAACUCUGAAUUUUUUA